AUGCUCCACGAUGACAUUGCUACAAACUUUGAUGGGACUUGGUGGAGGUCGCUCAGCCUCGUCUGCUGGAGCUUCCAUACAUUCAUCGUGAGGAUGAACAAGCGAUUCACUGGAGAGGUCAAUGCCUUUAGAGAGUUGGUGGAUCAUCACUUCACCUCCAAUCGUUACUCGUUGCAUCAACAAGUGUCGCAGAUUCAAUGCAAGCUCACCCGCAACUAUGAGCACAUCUCCCAAGAUGAGACGAUCGCGCUCCAUCGCGAACUCGCAGCGCUCUUCACCGACGUCCGUUGCACCGACUUGAUGUUGACAAACAUUGGGAUCUUGAACUGCGUUGUGCAUCCAGACACCUUUGAUGAAGAUGGCUUUGGAGCGACGCUGGCAUCAUACGCAAGCCUCGAAGAAGUGAUGAUAUGUGUCCCGAGUGAUGAACAUAUGAUCAUGGAGGAACAACAAUAUGUGACCCGAUUCACAUCGUUCUAUGUCAGACUGUUCGGCUCGCUUUCAACGCUCAACAACCUCACCUCGCUGACUCUAGACUUCAGCACCGAGUACAAUCGAUUUGUCAAUCACGACGCCAGACACUUCUUUACACAACUCGCUCGACUCACGUGCGUCGAGUCUCUGUUCAUUGGGGCCGGUGUUGACGACGACCACUUCAUGGAGGAGUACGCACACUACAUCGCCAAGCAGGUAUCUUUGAGGAAGAUCUGUUCCAUGGACUUGCCUGGUAUCGGCGGGCUAAUGCUAGAGACGCUCCUGCAGCACCACACAUCACUUCUACACAUCGAUAUUGUCGUUGAGAAGUUGAUAUGCAUCAACAUGCCAUUGAGAUCACUCAGGCUCGCAACAAGAACCGACAGUGCUCCUUAUGAAUACUUGUGGGUCAGUGAUAAUCUGGCGCUCCGCGAGCAGAUUCUUCAGUCAUUCAACAACGUGGAGCAGCUGGACCUUGGAGAAAAUGAAUGUGUUCCCAAUAGUGACAUUGCCUACAUCAUAAAUCAUUGUCCAGCCAUCAAAUCCCUUGGAUGCAAGCUAUAUGAUAACGAGAAUCUGGGUCUUGUUGUCAAUGCACUGGCCUCCAACACGACACUCUUACAAUUCAGAAUAUGCACAUUCAAUCAGGAUAGGGAGGGUGCAAGGAUCAAGAAGAAGAUCAUGCCCACCAUUCUCAACCACCCAUCCAUCAUCUUCAAGUCACUUCACUACCAAUUCCCUUGA